CCGAGCGAGCUCGCCGGAGAAAACCCACCGACUCCGCCGUGAAAAGCCACUCCGAGAUGGCGGAGAAGAGCAAAGUCCUGGUGAUCGGAGUGACCGGACUCAUCGGAAAGUUCGUCGUGGAAGCGAGUGCUAAGUCCGGUCACCCCACCUUCGCUCUCCUGGCACCGCCGUCCACUCCGUCCGACCCUGCCGAGGCCGACCUCGUCGAAGGUUUCAAGAGCUUAGGCGUCCGUGUGGUUCAGGGAGAUAUAAAUGAUCCGGAUACUCUGUUGACUGCGAUCAGGAAGGUCGAUGUGGUAAUAUCUACCGUUGAGACAUCACCAGAGGACCAAUACAAGAUUGUUGCUGCCAUUACGAUGGUCGGAAAUAUAAAGAGAUUCUUGCCUUCAGUGUUUGGAAGUCAUGUGGAUCGUGCCCAUGCUGUGGAGCCAGCAAGAACUUUUUAUGCUGCUUACUAUACCGACAUCCUCCGCCUUCUUGAGGAACAGGGAAUCCCGUAUACCUAUGUGUCUUGUAACUUUCUAGCUGGUUGGCACAGUUCGACGUUGGCACAGCCCGGGGCUACAGCUCCCUCUAGAGAUAAAGUUGUCAUCUUAGGGGAUGGUAAUGCAAAAGUGGUGUUUAACAGGGAGGAUGACAUCGGCACCUAUACCAUCAAAGCCAUGGAUGAUCCAAGGACCUUGAACAAAAUUCUGUACAUCAGACCUCUUGCCAACACCUACUCGAUGAAUGAUCUUGUGUCUUUGUGGGAGAGAAAGAUCGGCAAGACCCUGGAGAGAUUCUAUAUUCCAGAGGAGCAACUUCUGAAGCAAAUUCGAGAUGCGAAAUCUCCGGACGAUCUGAGGUGGGCCAUAUCCCAUUCAAUUUUCGUGAAAGGAGACCAAACCAACUUCGAGAUUGAGCCAUCAUUUGGAGUGGAAGCUUCAGAGCUCUACCCCGAUGUCAAAUACACCACUGUGGAUGAGUACCUAGAUCAGUUUGUCUGAUUGUCGAAACUUACUGUGCUUGGGGACUUGAUUUCUCACAUCAGCUUGGAUACAGAAAUGAUAAUUGUAUACCGCUUCUUACGAACCUAGUGGGAAACGUCGC